CUUGUAUCUGCCACCAUGAACUUGACAUCUUCCCAAUGCUUAAAGACUCCUCCAAAGAGAAUGAUAGUGAUAGAAUGAAUGUGAUUUUAAAAAUAUAAUGAAAUGUAUCAACAUUUGGAAGAUCUGUAUAACUCACAGGGAUCUAUAUUUUCCUAGUGACCAAUGCAUGAUGUUACAAAAUCUAUUCAAUCUAUUCAAUGUGCAAGAUUAACCAAUGGAUUUUAAUGUAACAGAACAGGAAUUGAUUGAUAUGGUUUAAGAUUCCACAUUGCAACUAACCUUUAAGAAAUUACCAUGUGUCAAGCUCUGGUGUGGUAUCAAAGAAAAAUAUCUACAAUGAUUUGAAAGCUAAAAUACUCCUUCCUCCCUCCCCCAAGUGUUUGGAGGCCAGAUUUUCUUCAUAUACUUCAACCAAAACACAUACUGAAACUGAUUGAUGCAUCUGAGAGAACAAGAUGAGUCACCAGCAGCUUUACUGGAGUCAUCCGAGAAAAUUUGUCCGGGGUUCUCAUUCUUGCCGCAUCUACUUAAAUUGGCAUGGUCAGAUUCAAAAAUACAGCUUCAAUAUGUGCUGCCAGUGUUUCCAUCAGUACACGAAGGAUAUAAACUUCAUUAAGUUGGACUAAGUGAAUAUCCGUGAAUGGGUCAUUCAAAACAUCUAUUUUACCUCAGAAACGA